AUAAACCCUAAUUUCCCCUUUAACUUCUCCCUCAAACCCUAGACACGCCUCUAGCUGCACACACUCGCACACAUACAGGGUUUGAAGUGAUUAUCAGCAAUGGCACCUAAAGAUUCGAAGAAGCCUGAUGCCAAAGCACAGGCCGUGAAGGCUGCAAAAGCAGUGAAGUCGGGACCAGCCUUUAAGAAGAAAUCCCUGAAAAUCAGAACCAAGGUUACAUUCCAUCGCCCAAGGACAUUAAAGAAGGAGAGGAACCCCAAGUACCCUCGUAUCAGUGCUCCACCAAGGAACAAGCUUGAUCAUUAUCAGAUCUUGAAGUACCCGCUCACUACUGAAUCGGCGAUGAAGAAAAUUGAGGACAACAACACUUUGGUAUUCAUUGUUGAUCUCCGUGCUGACAAGAAAAAGAUCAAGGAUGCAGUGAAGAAGAUGUACGAUAUCCAGGCCAAGAAAGUGAACACUUUGAUAAGGCCUGAUGGUACAAAGAAAGCAUAUGUGAGGUUGACACCAGACUAUGAUGCCUUGGAUGUGGCAAACAAAAUUGGAAUCAUCUAAAUUAGUUGGCUUGUGUUUUUGCUCUAGUUUUUAUCAUUUUGUUCUGUUCCAGAGUAAGGUACUUUACUGUGAUAUCAAACGGAGACUUUCUAAAUACUCCAAACUUGUAAUCUUGCAGUAUCUCUAUCUUGGUUAUCACAUUUUUUCUAAGAUAUUAUUUGAGAUUUUGUAGGCUUGAAAUUUCAAUUUAGUUUCGAAUUAUGCAUUACUUCACCUA